CACAGAUGUGGAGGAACCAUGCCCAUGGAACCACAGAACCAAACCAACGCAUUAGAAUUCAUCCUCCUGGGACUUACGGAAAAUCCAGACCAGGAGACUCUGCUCUACGUUCUGUUCCUCCUCAUGUACAUGGUCACGGUGGUGGGGAACCUGCUGAUCAUCGUGGUCAUCAGCUUAGAUGCCCACCUCCACACCCCCAUGUACUUCUUCCUGGCCAAUCUCUCCUUGGUGGAUUUCUGCCUGGCCACCAACACCAUCCCCAAGAUGCUGGUAAACAUCCAAAUUGGGAGCAAGUCCAUCUCCUACCCUUGCUGUCUGACCCAAAUGUACUUCUUCCACUUCUUUGGCAUCAUGGACAGCGUCCUGAUAGCCGUGAUGGCCUACGACAGGUUCGUGGCCAUCUGCCACCCCCUCCACUACAGCACCAUCAUGAGCCCGCGCCUGUGCAGCCUGCUGGUCGGUGUCCCCUGGGUGUUCUCCUGCUUCAUCUCCCUCACCCACAUCCUCCUGAUGGCCCGGCUGGUCUUUUGUGGCAGCAACGUGCUCCCGCACUACUUCUGUGACCUCACGCCCCUGCUCAGGCUGUCCUGCACAGACACCACCGUGAACCAGGUCUUCGUGCUGGUGGUGGCCGGCCUGGUGAUCGCCACGCCCUUCGUCUGCAUCCUGGCCUCCUACGCCCGCAUCAUCGUGGCCAUCAUGCAGGUCCCCUCUGCGGGCGGCAGGAAGAAAGCCUUCUCCACCUGCAGCUCCCACCUGUCCGUGGUCGCCCUGUUCUUUGGGACCACCAUCGGGGUCUACCUGUGUCCGUCGUCUGUCCGCACCGCCGUCAAGGAGAAAGCCUCUGCUGUGAUGUACACGGCCGUCACCCCCAUGCUGAACCCCUUCAUCUACAGCCUGAGGAACAGAGACCUGAAGGGGGCCCUCAGGAAGCUUGUCAGCAGGAAAGUCACUGCAUCGUCCUGA